GAUCCGAGUCGACUCACUUGACAUGAUCGAUCGAGUGUAGUUGACUAACGUCCUUCUACAUCUCCGUGCUCUUUUCCUUGAAACUGUAACCUUGAAAUUGUAAAAUCGGGCGCCAACAUCCACAAGUCCAAAGAUAUGAAGAAAUUGUUCUUCAAUCGGAUCUUGUUUACUUUUGCCCUCUAUAUUUUCUGUUUUGUCUCCGUCAUGGACGCCGAUUCUGCUCAAGAGUCGCUACUCGGAUCAGCUCGUGUUGUUUUUCAGACAAAUUAUGGAGACAUUGAAUUCGGUUUCUACCCUAGCGUGGCUCCACAAACGGUUGAGCACAUUUACAAACUUGUUCGUUUGGGAUGCUAUAAUACAAAUCACUUCUUUCGGGUAGACAAGGGGUUUGUUGCACAAGUGGCUGAUGUUGUUGGUGGCAGAACAGCUCCUAUGAAUGCAGAACAAAGGAAAGAAGCUGAAAAAACCAUUAUUGGUGAAUUCAGUGAUGUUAAGCAUGUGAGAGGAAUUCUUUCUAUGGGGAGGUAUGCAGAUCCAAAUAGUGCUCAAUCUUCAUUUUCAAUGCUUCUUGGAGAUGCCCCACACCUUGAUCAUGAGUAUGCAAUCUUUGGUAAAGUUACCAAAGGAGAUGAGACACUGAAGAAGCUUGAGGAAUUACCCACUCGUCGUGAAGGGAUAUUUGUAAUGCCAACUGAGCGCAUCACGAUUUUGUCAACAUACUACUAUGAUAUAGAGAUGGAGACUUGUCAACGGGAUAAGUCAAUGCUGAAGAGGAGACUUGCUGCUUCCGCUGUCGAGAUUGAAAGACAGAGGAUGAAAUGCUUCCCGUGACCAAAAAGGCGUAGGUAUUAAAGAAUCAACGACAAUUCUUGGGAAUCCAUGUUAUUUGAUACUGUUGUUUUGGCUUACUUUUAGGAUGCCUUUCUUGUACAUAGUAAGCAGGAUUUGGUUUUUGCAGAAGAUGAAAGAAUGGUGAAGAAAUGUGGAAUUACUUCACAGAUUGUAAAUGGUCAAUGUGGGCCCGGUUCUCAUUGACCGGCCGAGACGACCGAACCAUGCUUCUCAUGGACAUACCCAUGUGCAGAUCACAUGCUUAAGGUAAAUAAAAUAGGGUACACUAAAGCUUUAUUGAUGGCUACUUGAAUGCAGACACAUGUGGAUAGCCUUUGUUUGUUAUGCUAAUAGACAAGACUGAGGUUGAUGGUUCUUGACACUUUUAUGUUGUCAAUGUCAAGUGUGUCAUCUCCAUUUAUUCAA